UUUUUUUUUUUUUAUGCCAGAGGCCGGCCUGGUUCCGUCCUUGACCUCUUACAGUCAGGUCUUGGCUCAACCACCACCUUCUGGGUGAUACCUUCCAAGUUCACCCUCUGCAAAAUCACAACCCUUGCCCACCACUCUCUGUCCUCCUCAUCUUGCUCAAUUUUUCUCCAUAGCAUUUGUUACCCUCUGACUUCUAGUAUAUUUUACCUUAUCUGUCUCUUCUCUACUAGAGCGUAAGCCCCAGGAGAUCAGCAAUUUUGGUUAAUUUUUUUAAAAAAACUGCUGUACAUUCCUCUCAAAAGCUGUCUGACAUAUAGUAGGCGCUCACUAAAUCUUUGUUGAGUAACUGAGUUUCUGUAUGUUGAUGUUUUGGUGGAUGCCGGUGCAUGGUUUGGGCCACGUAGAAUCUGGGGUACUUAAGCACCCCCGGGGGGAGAGGUCAGGCACUUGGGUCCGAAGCUGAUGAUGGCUGAAGCUGUGGGAGCAGGUGACCAGCCCAGAAGAACUUGGACCCAUCUCUGAAAACCUGCUUGUAUGUUCAUCUUUUUUUUUAAAUAUUGAUUUAUUGGGGCGCCUGGGUGGCGCAGUCGGUUAAGCAUCCGACUUCAGCCAGGUCACGAUCUCGCGGUCCGUGAGUUCGAGCCCCGCGUCGGGCUCUGGGCUGAUGGCUCAGAGCCUGGAGCCUGUUUCCGAUUCUGUGUCUCCCUCUCUCUCUGCCCCUCCCCCGUUCAUGCUCUGUCUCUCUCUGUCCCAAAAAUAAAUAAACGUUGAAAAAAAAAUUAAAAAAAAAAUAAAAAAAUAAUAAAAAAAUAAAUAUUGAUUUAUUUUUGAGAGAGAGAGCGCGCGCACACAAGCAGGGGAGGGACAUUGAGAGGGCGACAGAGGAUCGGAAGUGGGCUCUAACAGCAGACACCCCAAUUCGGGGCUUGAACUCACAAACCGGGAGAUGGUGACCUGAGCCACCCAGCCGCCGCCCCUCCCUGUAUGUUCAUCUUGGUGGGUGACCCCUCCACCUGCGUGGUCACCAGACAGGGACCUGGGGUCAUCCGGAACGCCUCACCUGCACAUGUCACCCCUCAAACAAGCUCUAGGUUUGCUGUGUAAGCCUCUCCCCGAUCUACCACUCCUGUCUGCACCGAGCACAGCACCCGCUCCUCCGGCCGCCGUCCCCCACCCAGCCCCGGGCGCCUUCGUGGUUCUCCACCUUGUGGUUUAGAUGUGUCUUUCUAAAACCCAAAUUCGACCUUCUCUUUGGGUCUUAACAUCUUUCGGUGGGCCCCCCGCUGCCCCUGGGGCCAAGUCCCAGCUGCCACCAGGCCUUCCGUGCAGGUAGGUGGGUGGCCUCCCUCUCUCAACUCUUCUCUCGUUGCUCUGCCUAUAGGGCCCCAGGCUCAGCACCUCCUUACACCAGCGGGCCUCUCUGCUCAGGACCCAGAAGAAGCGACUCCUCUGGCAGUGGGGACCGGGGGUGCGGGGGGGGGGGGGGGUUGGAGGCUUUCCUGCUAACCGCGCCGCGUCCUCUGGCCACCCCCGGACCUCACUGCGCGCACGCUCACUGUUGCCACCGUUUGGCGGCCUGUCACCCACGUGGCCAGGGGCUCCUGGAAGACGUACUGUCGUAGCAAGGUGUCUGUGUGGAUGACCGCAGCGUCACGGCGAGCAGCCGCGGAGGCAGCCCCCCGGGGAGGUGGAAAGGGAGCCGGGGGGCCAGUCCUAGAAGCCAAAGAAGGAGUGUGGAGGGUGUUCCGCUGCGUCAGCGAGGCCCGAACCGCCCUCGGGAGGAGGAGCCUGGGGUCCAGCGCCGCGCCAGCCGCCCUGGCUUCCCACCCGGGGACACCGCGCGCUCUGCGCCCGCAGACCCGGCGGGGAUCGCCGGGCUAGGUCUGGGCCGGCGGCCCUCCCCAGGCGGGCCUCCUCUGGUGUCGAGCGGCGGGGCGGAGCGGGCGGGGACGCCGGCCACGCCAGCGAGCUCCCCGGCGCACGGCUCGCGGCCCCGCAGGAGAGCCGGCUUCCUUUGUGCGCACGCGCGCCGCCCGGGCCGGGAGGGGCGGGGCCAGGACGGGUCGAGGGGCGGGGUCGGGGCCCGGGCCCGCCUCCCCGAGCUCCUGCGAGCCGCCGAGCGCUGGGCACGCCAGCUCUUCUAGGGGCUUCAGUCAGAGGCGCCGCCCAAGAGACCCUGGGCCCGCGCCGCGCGCGGCCGCCUCUCCGCGUUUGCCUGUCCGUCUUUGUGUCUGUCUCUGUGUCUGUCUGGCUGUGUCCGAACUUGCCACCACCUCCAAAACUAAGCCUCCCGGACACUGACACCGGCGAACUCUCGCCCCUUUCCCAUGGCAGGCUACUUGCCCCCCAAGGGCCACGCCCCUUCACCCCCUCCUCCCUACCCUGUGACGGCUGGGUACCCGGAGCCGGCGCUGCACCCCGGGCCCGGGCAGGCACCAGUGCCCCCCCACAUGCCUGCCCCUGCGCCCGGCUUCUCUCUUUUCCCUUCGCCCGGCCCCGGGGCCCCAGGGCCUGCUGCCCCGUUCUUGCCACUGCCCGGGGUGCCUUCCGGCCUCGAAUUCCUGGUGCAGAUUGAUCAGAUCUUGAUUCACCAGAAGGCCGAGCGAGUGGAAACGCUCCUGGGCUGGGAGACAUGUAACCGGUAUGAACUGCGCUCGGGGGCCGGACAGCCCCUGGGGCAGGCGGCCGAAGAGAGCCACUGCUGCGCGCGCCUGUGCUGUGGCGCCCGCCGGCCCCUGCGUGUCCGCGUGGUGGACCCCAGUGAUCGAGAGGUGCUGCGUCUGCUCCGCCCCCUGCACUGUGGCUGCAGCUGCUGCCCGUGUGGCCUCCAGGAGAUGGAAGUACAGGCCCCUCCCGGCACCACCAUUGGCCACGUGCUACAGACCUGGCAUCCCUUCAUCCCCAAGUUGUCCAUCCAGGAUGCCGAUCGCCGGACCCUCCUGCGCGUGGUGGGGCCCUGCUGGACCUGUGGCUGUGGCACAGACACCAACUUUGAGGUGAAGACUCCGGAUGAAUCACGCAGCGUGGGCCGGAUCAGCAAGCAGUGGGGGGGGCUGCUCCAAGAAGCCCUCACCGACGCAGAUGACUUUGGCCUGCAGUUCCCGCUGGAUCUGGACGUGAGGGUGAAGGCCGUGCUGCUGGGAGCCACGUUCCUCAUCGACUACAUGUUCUUCGAGAAGCGAGGAGGCGCUGGGCCCUCUGCCGUCACCAGUUAGAGGCCACCUCAGGGCGAGGAGACCAUCACCUCAACCAGAAGCCAGGAUGGCCACCUGUCAGAGGCGGCCGCUUUCCGCGACGUUUGCCGCAGGGGACAGACGGGGAUGCCCGAGAGUCUAGGGGCCGCGGCGCCCUACCCCUGCCCCGAUCCCCUGGCCUCCUUCGCCUUGGCCCCUGGGGAAGGGUAUGUAUGAGAACCCUUCUCCCUGGCACCGCUGUCUCUCCGAUCCCUUGGCACACAGGCAUAUCAGCUUUACCCUCCCUUCCCCCGGCCCCCUUCCGGGGCCUGUGCUCCAGAUCCGGCCUUGGGAAUCCAGGGCCCUCGGGCUUUCUGGCAGGAGCUGGGGUGGGCAAGGGUUUGCAGCACCAAAGAUGGCAGGCGUGACCGCUCUCGCCCCGCAUCAGCUUGGCCAAUCGGUUCAACCUCAGACCGUGGCGCUCUGAGGGGAUCCCCGCCUCCCUCCGGCCCUGCCCACAGCCGGUGCUUCGUGCAGCUUCCUCCGGAGCCUUAGGCACCCCAUCCUGCCCUUUGCCUUAGGAAGGAGGCUGUAUCUUUGUAUGUUAUAUUCAUAUAAACUUUGUAACUUUUUGGA